GCACUGAUUGCGUGAAUGGAUUGACUGAUUGCCGGAAUUGACUGAAUGUGUGAAAUGAGUGCAAAGUUUGAAUUGAAUGUCUGGUCCGGCGAUUGGGGUUUGCCUUCAAUUGACUUCAAAUGCCUUCAAAUGUUAGCGUUUUGUCGCUUCAGCGGACUUCCCCUGAAGAUAAACGCGACGAAUAACCCGCUGUGGACUUCGUUGCCGUCGUUUCGACACAAAGAGGCAAAAGUGGUUGAAAUGAAAAAACUGGUGCAUUAUCUCAAAGACCACAACUAUUCGGCGGACUUUAAUCUGUCGGCCAAAGACAUGUCGGAUGUGUUGGCCUACGAAGCGCUCCUCAAAAGCCAUUUAGAGCCGGCAUUGCUUUACUUGCUUUGGAUGGACGACCAGAACUACGUGCAACUGAUGCGGGGCUGGUAUGCGAAGCGACUGCCCUUUCCUACCAAUUACUUCGUUCCCAAUCUGUAUAAGACUGCGGCCGAGAAGACCGUUCGCUCGCGAUUCGGAGGACACGCUUUGAAUGGCGAUAUGAAUGACACUAUGAUUGAGACAGCGAUCUUAGGUGAGGCCCAGAAGUGCUUAACACUACUGUCGGAGCGU